UCGAAGCAAGAGCCGACCACCAGCCCCUACCGGUGGAUCUCUUGAGGAGGUAUUUCUCAAUAUGGGGGAACGCAUUGAAGUAGUGGAGAAUUCACUCUCAACCCUUGAAGCUCACACCUUGGAACAACUUGAUGAUCUCAAGGAGGACCAAGGCGCUUUAAGGGAAGAAUAUACGAGGUUGGAGGUUAAGGUCAUGGAUGCUGUCAAAGCGAUCCAAGACCAAGUGAACAAGCUUUGUGCGGAUAUGCAAAGUGGCCUAGACGCUUGUAAGAAGGCGUCAACAAGUGCGGGUACUAGCACGAUUCUAGCGGCUCCAAGGAUUGACUAUCCAAAGCCUAGGGAGUUCGAUGGAAAGCGAGAUGCAAAAGAGCUAGAUGAUUUCCUAUGGCGAUUGGAAAUAUAUUUUGAGGGCGUGAACAUUUUGGAUGAAGCUACUAAGGUACGUACUUCGACUAUGUAUCUUACGGACACCGCGGCUCUAUGGUGGCGACGUAAGCACGCCGACAUAGAAAAGGGUGCUUGUAGGAUAGAUAGUUGGGACGAUUUCAAGAAAGAAUUGAAACGCCAAUUUUAUCCUGAAAAUGUAGUAUAUGAGGCCCGGAAAAAGCUUAGGGAGUUGAAACAUAAGGGCACUAUUCGCGAUUAUGUCAAAGAGUUUACUACCCUUGUGCUUCAAAUCCCGAGCAUGUCAGAUGAAGAUCUAUUGUUUCACUUUACCGACGGAUUGCAAAAUUGGGCGAAGCAAGAACUUCAACGUCGGAGAGUGAAGACAGUAGACGAGGCUAUUGUGGUGGCCGAAUCUUUAACCGAGUUCCAAAGGAGCACGGAUUCAUCAAAAUCUUCUAAAAGCUUUAAGAGUAACUCGGCUAAAGGCGGGGGAGAGAAGAAAGAUUACCAUAAGUCAUCAUUCUUCAAAGGUGGUAACACUUACAAACCUUCCCCCUCGCGAAAAAAUUAUGAGGAAAAGAAGAAGGCCUCGACGGGUUCUCAAAGUGGAUGCUUCGUGUGCAAGGGUUGUGGGUGA